ACCCACUUCAGUCGACCGGUGGUAACCGGCCAAUAACUUUCACCCGUGUUUUUGUUUUUUUCGAAAUUCAGCUUUCAAGUAUCCCAAGGGAUAGCUUUGUGUGUGCGCGCGUGGGAUGUGGUCGAUCAGAGGCUUGGUGGCCGUCGCUGGCUUGCUGCUGGCCGUUGGAGUUUGCGUAGGAGUUCCUCGUGAUGGAUUCGGUCCGGGGAAGCAGGACUGGGGCUUCGUGGACGUCCGACCUGGGGCGCACAUGUUCUACUGGCUGUAUUACACGACGGCCGACGUUGUAGACUACACGGAACGCCCGUUGGUCAUCUGGCUGCAGGGUGGUCCCGGCGCGAGUUCAAUGUACGGAAACUUUGAGGAGCUCGGCCCGCUAACACUGGAGCAGGAGGAGCGAAACCACACCUGGGUCAAGCACUACAACGUGCUGUUCAUCGACAACCCUGUCGGAACCGGCUUCAGCUACGUUGACGACUUUUCGCUGCUGACCAAGUCAAACGCGGAAAUCGCCGACAAUCUGCUGGCGUUCAUGAAAGAGUUCUACAAGCGCAACCCGGAGUUCACGGACACUCCGCUGCACAUCUACGCCGAAAGUUACGGCGGAAAGAUGGCCCCGGAGUUCGCGUACGUACUGGCCAAGGCCAUCGACCUCGGAGAGAUCGACGCCAACCUGCAAUCCGUCGGAAUCGUAGCCCCGUGGGCCUCCCCCAUCGACUCCGUCCUCUCGUGGGGUGAGUUCCUGCUGAACAUGGGAUUCGUAGACACCAAGGGCUACCGCGAAAUCCAGGCUGCAGCCAUCAACACCGAACACAUCCUCAACCAGGAACGCUUCGAAGACGCCACGUACGCGUGGGGAAACACCCAAGGAGUUCUCAUGCGGCAAACUGGACCCAUCGACUGGUACAACGUGCUGUUCCUCCAGGAGUACAACCAAUUCCAAGCUCGACUUGCCAUGUUCGAGAAGGAUUUGAAGCAGGCCACCGCGGACAGUGCGCGCAAGCUGGCCACCGAAGACCGCGACCAAAUGCUGGUGGACCUGAUGCGCAACGAGGUCGCCAAAACCCUGGAACUCCCGGCCGCGUCGGUGUACGACGCCCAGGGUGGGCGGGUGUUUAGCACGCUGGCCGGCGACUUUAUGAAGCCGGCGAUGGACGUGAUCGAGCUGCUGCUGAACAACACCAGCGUGGACGUGGUCGUCAUCACCGGGCAGCUCGAUCUGAUCGUGGCCACCCCCGGUAACGUCGUUUGGGUGGAGAAGCUCAAGUGGACCGGAAGAAACGACUAUCUGAACGCGCCGCGGACCGGAGUGGGCGCGAAGGGAAUACUCGAGGGGUACCAGAAGAGCUACGGAAAGUUGUCUGUGUAUUGGGCGCUGCGCGCUGGUCACAUGGUUCCGGCCGACAAUCCGGCGCUGAUGGACUAUAUUCUGCAGAAGCACGUCGGACAUCAGUGAAGGGGGAUUGUUUUGCCCAAUAAAGUUCAUGUAAAUUGGA